AUGCUGCUCAUGAUGAUGAUGGGGAUGGGGGUUCGGGCGAGGGCGGUGGGGGCGGCACCAGGGAUUGAUGUGUGGCCCAAUUCAACCGUCUUGCCGGCGGGUACCGCAGCGAUCGCCAUUACCGUGCGUGCGGAGGAGACCGACGCCCGCUGUCGGUGGGCGCUGACCGUGCCCCCGCCUGCCUUUGCCGAGAUGAACAACUUCACCGCGUACGACCAUGGCAAUGCCACGCUUCAGCUCAGUUUGCGCCAGGAUGGCAACACAACCCUGCUGGCCAUCCGCUGCCAACCCCCUGAUGCCGACGAGGACGCCGAUUGGAUCGCCCGCGUCUACCGCCCCGUUCCCUCCAUCAAUAACAACUUUCCCAAGGUGGCCAACCUCUGGGGCUCUGGCCAUUUUCAGCACAACCUUUCCCACGCUGCCAGCCACGUCUCCCUCUGGCUCGGUGCCGACUUUACGCCCGACCAAAUGCUGCAGCUCCGACGCUACAAUGAUCAGACCCUCCUUCUGACCAGCACCAACGCCGUCGAGGGCCAUGAUGGCCUCCCCGAACGCUACUACCUCCACAACGUCUCGGGCCAAAGCAAGAAGGACCGGCUCUCCACAUGGCCCGGCUCUUAUCGCCUCGACCUGACCAAACCCGAGGUCGCGCUCUACAAAGCCCAACACAUGUACAGUCUCGUCUUUGGUGGCUCCAACGCCUCCGCCCCAGCCCUCCCCUACGACGGCAUCUUUGUUGACAAUGUCUACAUGACUCAGAGCUGGCAAAAAACAGACGUCAACGGCAAUCCCUUCUACCCCGAUCCAGAUGGCACUGGUCAACCGAUGUUUGCGGCCGAGUUUGAUCGCCUCUGGCGGGCCGGUGUCACGCUCGAACUCACCACCUUUCGCCAACUCAUGCCCGGUGCCGUCAUGUCUGGCCACUCCACCGACCCCCACGAUCCCACCCUGCGUGCCAUCUUCAACGCUCGCAAUAUCGGCUUUACCCUUCCCAGUAUCAUCGAGGGCCUCGAUGACUUUGACGGCGCCCUGCAAGCCUACGCCGACUGGUUCGACGUGCCUCACCAACCCCACAUCACCGUCAUGGAGAGCGCCAUUCAGCUCCAGAUCGGCUACGGCUACGGCUUUGACUCUCAAAUCCUCGCCGGCUCCAUCCCCGCCAGCACCCUCAGCUUUGCCCGUCACUACUACUCAUACAUGCGCUUUGGACUGGCCUUUGUCCUCAUGUACGAUGGCUACUUUACUCACGAAAUUGGCGACAGCAGCCACGGCCAGGAUUGGUGGUAUGAUGAGAUGGGUUUUGCUCUCGGUGAACCUCUGGCCCCUGUCCUACCUGCUCUUCCCGCCCCUGCCAACCAGCCCAUCCAAGCCUUCCCCAUGAACAAAUCCGCUUGGAGCUUUUGGAGCUCCACCCCAGGCAACAUUAGCCUGCAAUGGGACUGUGCCGGCCCCAACGCUCAGUGCAACGCCUCCGCCACCGUCACUCAGGUCCUUCCCAGCAACAGCAAGGCCGACUUUUACAGCAAUACCUUCAACAUCACCGCCGGACUCCGGUACAACAUCAGCUUUGCUGCCCGCACCACCAGUCCCAACUGCUCACUCGAACUCAAUGCCCGUCAGAACGGCGGGCACUGGUCUGCCUACGGCCUUGACUCCCCCGUUUGGAUCGACGCAACUUGGUCCACCUUCAACCGCAUCUUUACUGCCACUGCCACCGACCCCCGUGCUCGCCUCUCCUUUUACCUGGGCCAGUGUGCCGGCACCACUACCAUUGGCUCAGUUGUCGCCUAUCCUGCCUCUGCCCCCGUUCUUCGUCGUGACUUUGAAAAUGGCGUGGUCCUGCUCAACGGUGACAAUUCCGCCCACAACAUCAGCGUCGGGAGCGGCUUUGCUCACAUCGAGGGUGAGCAAGCCCCCCGCUGGCAAUACAUUGUUGACGACGCAUCGCCCAGCUUUAGUGCCGACAACACCACCUGGUCCCAGGCCUCCAUCGAGGGUGGCUACAGCCUGGCUCACCCCACCGACGAGGUCAACUCGGGCCCUUACUUCCACCAGUGGGCCUCCUCCUGCCGCCUGUCCCAAACUCCGGGCGCCACCAGCAGUUGGGACCUUGGCAUUCUGGAUAAGGAUGUCUACAACGUGUCAACCUGGUGGCCCGCAUUACCCAAGGCCGACAGCGAAUGGUCUGCCAACGCCUCCUUUGAGGUUCGCGAUCGGGAUGGCACGGUGGUUAGCCAAGCAACUCUGGACCAACGCAGCAACGGCGACACGUGGCACGCCAUUGCCACCAACCUGUCCCUCGCGCCGGGCACCACCGUACAUCUGACCUGUCGCGACGACCAAGGCCGGGCUUGCGUGGCUGACGCCAUUCUUGUGCAAUCCGCUUCCCGAUACAAUAAUGGCCAACCCACCGAUACUGUGCGACUUGCCGCCAUGGAUGGCAUUAUUCUUCGGCGCAUCUAG